AUGAAUGUUUACGAAUUUGUGCCGUCGUCGAAAAUGCUCGUAAAGAAGCUUUCGCUCAACGUUCCCGUACCGAAGACCUCGUACUCGAUUGGACGUCUUACACCAGGCUCUGUCUACAACGUUACACUGCAGGCAGGCACGAACUACGGUUAUGGCACGCUGGGAUGGGCUGUGUUCUCCACGCUGAGCCAAGGCGAAGAUGGCUUCGUCUUGAGGCAGCGAAUGAAGACUCCAAACGCCCUCACAUUGACAUGGCCUGCGCAGUGGCUGCCUACUCCCACGUCCAGAUAUACGAUUCGAGCGAAAACUCUCCACUCACCGGACAAGACCGAAAAGGAGAUCAUGAACAUGGGAGUGGGUGAAGUCGGCAAAACUCCAGAGUUCGUUCUUCGAAACCUUCACCCCGGAUCGACUUAUAACGUUUCUAUCACCACAGCUGCAGAGGCAACCAAACCACGAAUGAAGAAGUGGGAUGACGCCAGUCUCUACAAAACUGCAUGGAGUGUCUUCUCAACAUUACCACAGGGUGAAUACAUCGUCAGCGAACCACGAAUCGUUGUUGAAACCGACACAGCUGCCUCAAUCGUCUUCCAGCCACUUAAGCACCUUGGCAAUGUUCAAUACCAGGUAUCAAAGAAAGUUGAUCUAUAA